GGUUGACGCUCCCCACCCCUCGUUCCUCCUCCUACUUCUCCUGCGCCUCAGUCUGGACGCAAAACGACCCGCCAGAAAGCAUCCCAUUUUUUGUCGUACCCUCUAACACGCCCCAGUUGUUAUUCCUUGUUUGCAAUGGAACAGCAACUCAACCUUGGACAUCUUCUCACCGCCGCACGUCUUUUAGACAUUGGCGCUCUUGACAUUUCUUCCCUAGAUCUGGGAGCACUUACCUCCACAUCUUCCUCUCCAGGAUCUUCCUCACCAGCUAUGUUCGAUCUUUCAAAUGAGUCCGAACUCCGAUCACUUUUCUGUGGAAAACUAAAAGUUGACAAGAAACAGUCAUCGUGUGCAUCCAAUGCCUCUACAUCAUCUCAACCCUACUGCUCCUCCCCACCAGCUAGAAAAUCUUCGAAGCACAGCCGGACGGCACACAACGAGCUUGAGAAAACCCGCCGAGCUAACCUCCGAGGAUGCCUCGAAACUCUCAAAAUGUUGGUCCCAUGUGUCAGCGAUGCCACCAGAAAUACGACGCUUGCACUGUUAACACGAGCCCGAGAUCACAUCAUUGAAUUGCAAGACAGCAAUGCAGCUCAAAUGAAGAAGCUUAACGAUUUAAGAGACGAACAGGAUGAACUUGUUGCAGAACUUGCCCAACUUCAAGCCGACGAAGAAGUUGCUCAAGCAACUAGCCAAGCUUGCCAAACGCUUUCACAAAGCAGACCCGAAUCUCGAGCAUCUUCUUUCACCUCCACAUCUUCUCGCGAUUCACCCUGCUACCUGGAGUACUCACCAUCAAGCAAACCAAUGGAUUCACAUAAGCCAACAAUUAUCGACCUUUACGCUGAAGGCCUUAUCCCAAGGGGUCCAAUCACUUUUCCAAGACCUCUGGUCUACCCUCAUAAUGUUUUUGAUCUCAUGAAUCUUCCACCUACCCCAUUUGACGUGUCGCAGUUCUUGCCAAUCAACCUCCAAGUUUAAUGAUCUAUCCACUUUUGACUGUUAUUUCUCUGAAGAACAUUUCUUCUCCUGAAACCGAUUCAAUAAGUUACCCCCGUUUGCGUGUCAUUGUUUCCAUUUUUGCCUGAAAUUCUCAUCUGCUCUCCUUCCGCCAAUUCUCAUUCUCAACACUCUCACAAUCCAUUCGCCUUGCACUCAUCAGCCAAUUUAAUUAUUACCUAAUAUAGAAGUAAUAAACAUUUUUGCAUUGC